AUGCCAGACAAACCCAUACGAAUCUCAGCUCUGGAAACUGACGAAUCGUCAAGCACACCCAAUGCCACCCCCCAAGCGACUGAUAAUGACAAUCCAUCACCUCAGCCGUACUCGCUUUGGGCAAAGUCACAAAAGCUGGGUAUCGUAUUGCUGGUGGCAUCUGCCUCUUGCUUCUCCCCGCUGAGUAGCUUCAUAUACUAUCCCGCCCUCACAGAGGUAGCGAAGAAUUUGCACACUACUCUAUCUAAGGUCAGUUUGACCAUCACUUCCUACAUGAUCGUGUCCGGCGUGGCACCGACGUUGUUUGGCAGCAUGGCGGACCAGGUGGGAAGACGGCCUGUUUACCUUCUCAUGUUCACCCUCUACGUCGUCGCCAAAGUCGGCCUCGCUGUGCAGGGUACCUAUCCUGGUCUGCUGCUGCUGCGCAUGCUCCGGAGUGCGGGCGGCUCUGCCACGAUCGGCCUUGGAUACGGCGUCGUUGGUGAUGUGGUUGCCGCUUUUCUUUGA